UCAAACGAACUAAAGUCUCUGGGAUCACUGUUUACAAGCAUAAAGGUAGUCGUUGAACAAAGUACAGUAAAUAUUGUAUCAAUAGUUUUAGUGAAUAUUUAGUGAAUAUAUAAUCAAGGUUAUUUACAUUUCUUUGUUUAAUAAAAGAUAUUAACAAUAUGGACGAUGAUUCAAGAAUACUCACAGCUUGGUCAAAUGUGUUGGUAAGGGUGCUAUUCCGCGAAGAAGACACGUCGGAUAAAGAUUCGGCAUCAAUUCAGCUCAAUUCAAUUCCUCAGUUUAAUUCUCAAAAUCAAAUGGAACAUAAUACAGUUGUGCAACAUCGUAGAAUUCUAAAAUUUAAUGAUAAAAUGGCUUACUCCAUGUUGAAAAGAAAUAAAUUUUGUAAAAAGAAAGACGAUUCUGAUGGACUCAUGCAUGAAUUAGGAAAAUUGUUUGAAAUACAAAUCAAACAGAUGAAAGAAGAAAUGAAAGCUGAAAAGUUGAAAAAACAAGUUUGUUCAAAGAAAAUAUAUGAACUAGAACGUAGUAUCGAUCUUAUGGAAAAGAAAUUCCGAUGUUAUAAGAUAAUUAAGGAAAGAAGAGAAAAAGGUCUAAGCGUGAAUAAUAUUAAUUUCAAUAGUUUAAAGAUAAAGUCAGAUCCAAAAAUUGACAUAGAUUAUGUCAAACGUAUGUCAACAUUAAAUAUUUACGAUAAAGAUUACAGACAUUCUAUAGGAGAGAAUAUUUCAGAAGAUACUGUACAACAUCGGCCAGAUUUGACUCAAAAGUUUGAUCAGUUAAAUAUUUCCAAUGUUCAAAAUGAGCAUAUUUGUAUUUCUCCUAAUGAAAAUUCAACUUUUGCUGUGAAUGAUUUAGGUGUUUCAUUAAAUUCAAAUUUGUCUUUUAACGAUGAGAAUAAUGUAGACGUUAAACCAAACAUGUUGUUUGAUUUGAAAUAUUCGAAAAAUUUUAGAGAAUAUUGUAAUAAUUUAGUAACGUUGUCUCUUAACGUAUCAUUGGAUAAAUUUUUAUCCGAAAUUCGAAGACUACAAAGUAAACUUUAUAAUAGAAAUGAAAAUAAAGGCAAGUAUAAACGUCGUUAUUAUUCAGGUUUAAAGGAAGUAAAUAAACACGUUAUGUUGAAAAAAGUACGAUUCGUGAUAAUAGCACCGGAUAUUGAAAACAUUGUAUCAGCAGGAGGUUUAAACGAAGAGGUUGACAAAUUAUUAGAAAUAUGUAGAAAGAAUGAAACGCCAUAUUGCUUUGGUUUACGUAGACGGAAACUUGGCUAUUAUGCUCAUGGUAAUGGAUUCGUAAGCUGUAUAGGAAUCUCUAAUUACGCUAAUGCCGAGGAACUCUUUUGGAAUGUUCUCGUCGAAGUAAUAAAAGCGCGAAAUUCGUUUGAAAAAUUACAAGGAAAGUCGAAGGAAAUGGUCAACGUGUCCAAGUUAACUCAAGAAAAUGGUCUCUUGACGGAAAACAUUAAAGUCGUGUUAAAAAGUUUAACAAUGAUAACUUAAGGCAAGCAAUUUUUAUAUAUUUUCUUCUCAUACGUCGCGAAAAUUUGAAAUAGAAAGAGAAAGAAACAAAUGCAACUCUUUAAAUUUGCAUCUGCUUAAUUCUGGUAAUUCUCAGAGAUAGAGGAGUACUCGGUAGGUAAAAAAAA